AUGGUGUCUGUGGAUGUGAGCAAGUUUGAUCAAGGGCAUAAUCAAGACUCACGUCAACCCUCAACAAUGGAAAGAAUCAGCGACUUUUUCAACAUACCAAGACGGCGAACUACAGUGUAUCCAGUUUCUCAGGGCACUGUACAUUUGGUGAAUUACGGUAACUCCAAGAAGCGACCAUCUCUGAAUCAACAAUUCGGUAAGUCCUAG